AUGGUGCGCUGUGGCUUUUACCAAACCAAGGCGGGGCAAGUGGUUGACUCAUCUCAAGCUAUCAACUGUCAACGAUGCAACAAUGGCACCUAUGUCACGCCCCAGGCGCACCCUGGUAUCAGUCCUGCGAAUUGCACGGUGUGUCCUACGGGUACCAAUAAGAGCCUUCACGCUGGCUUCCGCGCAUGUCCAUGUCUGGAUGGUUUCUACCGUACUGACCGGUUCGGUGAAUGCCAUCCGUGUCCAACCGAGGGAGUCAACUGCUCAGAAGAGUACCAACACCUCCUGCCUGGCUUCUGGUGGACCUGGGACUGGGGUUUAUCGGAUGACAACUACAUUUCCUACGAGCGAUUUGUCACAAAUGUGUGCACUGAAGAUUCCAGAUAUGACAACACAAGCAAUUUCCGGUUUGGGGGUGUGUUACCCAAAGUGCAUAAAUGUCCUCGCAAUGAGUCGUGCGUGAAUGCUGUUCUGGGUGGUAUCAAUGCAACAUGUAAGAAAGGUUAUACGGGGUGGCUUUGCUCCCAAUGCAGUCCGUACUAUUACUCUUGGUUCGAUCAAUGCUUCGACUGUCCCAAAUGGUGGUGGUUCUUGCUUGAAGCCAUUGCUGUAUGCGUGGCCAUUGUUCUGAUUGUCAUCAUCAUAGCUUGGCAGGCGCGCAAAGUCCGAAGAAACGGUCGGUCUGCCGUCAGCCUGCUGCUUGCUCGAGGGAAGAUCCUACUGGGUUUUUACCAGGUCAUGGGGGAGAUAAUCUCAGCGCUGGAUGAAAUUGCAUGGCCGAAGACAUUAACAAGUGUUGGUUCUUUCUUUAGACUGUUGGAAGUGGACAUCGUGCGGAUGUUUAUCAGUCCCAGAUGUUAUGUCCCCAACUUCACGUAUCCUAAUAUUUACAUUGAGUUCUUGGCAGGUAUCAUUUUUGUGGCGUUUGUUCUUCUUGGUGGCUGGUGUUUUUACGGCUCCAAGAAGUGUUACCUGAAAGCAAAGAAAAUUCCGCGUGCGGAACAAAACGCUCUAAUGUUGCAGACCAAGCAGAGGUGUUACUUGUUUGUGGUGAUACUGCUCUUUAUUUCCUACCCCAGCCUGUCUAGUGUUAUUCUCACAUUAUUGCCCUCUGGGUGUCACCUCUUCUACAUGGACGAAAAAGACACCCUCAGUGUGACCAGACUUCGAACCAAUUACUCGAUCGAUUGCCAAACAGAGCAGCAUGUUCAGUUCACCUACGCAGCUGAGGCCUCCCUCUUCUACGUUGUUGGGUUUCCUUUGGUGUUGUUUCUCCUCUUGUGGUGGAACAUCAGAAAACGGAAGAAGACCGGGGCUGUCGCUGGUAGACAGGAAAGUGAGGAUCAGCCUUUGCUCGAUGCGGGUAGUCGAUGUCGUUUGGAUGCCGGUCGUGUCGCCAGUUACAUAAACAACGUGCCUGAUGAGACAGAUGACGAACUUUUCCUACACUCGGAACCAAGCCAUGCUGAAUUCAAUUGGGAGAGUUUCUUGUGCGAGAAUUACAAGCCAAAUUUCUGGUACUGGGAAAUUCUGGAGCUGGCCCGCAAGAUCGUCCAGACGCUUUUUGUGCUUCUGUACGGGCCUGACGAUCAUUUUACCAUGUUCGCCACCAUAGUCAUUUCGGUGGGCUUUCUGCUCCUGCACGCUUACGUCAAACCCAUGAAGGAUGCUGCCGAGCAUCGUCUGCAGAUGUGCUCGCUUGGUACCAUCUUCCUGAACCUGUUGGCUGCGACGCUGCUUCUGUUGCCGAGCGAGGAUGCUCAAUCCAGCAAGAAAAGGAAGGAAUUCCUUUCUGUUUUUCUUGUGCUGAUGAACCUCAGUAUCAUCGUUUUUGUCAUCGCUAGCUUGGUCUGGACCAGUGUGAAGGCCUUAUGGCGUCAUGGGUGCUUGCGUCGCUUAGGAUCGUGCAUCGCUGGGGAGUGGAGCUGGUGUUGUAGACCUCGUCAUCGUGGGCAAGAGGUGAAUAACCAUCUUUACGAUGACAGCGACGAACAGGACUCAACCACCAUGACAGUUAACUUUGAAUAAUAGACCCCAGAACAGUUGGAUAGU